AUCAGUAUUAGUAGGUUGGGAAACUCAGCCUUGCCAACCAUGCCCUUACAGCCUCUCAGAGGAGCACUGACCGGAGGCUGGAGACAGGAUCCAUGGUUAAGCCAGGGGGCAUCUUCCCCGUUAAAGGUCCCUGCACAGCUGCCUGUUGCAUCAUAGACGUUUGCAGAAUGCCUUAUUUUAUGAGAUUCGCUUUGUUCUUGUUUUGCCUGAUGGCUCUUGUGGAGAGCAGAAAGCCCAGAAGGAAGAGAUGGACAGGGAACCUGGAAACAUCCAAGCCAAGUCACUUGUAUAAAAAGAACCCUGAUGUGACCAAGAUCCAGAUGGGAAAACCUCGGCCUCUGCUCAGGGUAGAGGACCAUGACUUCUCCAUGAGGCCAGCCUUUGGAGGCCCUGCCAUCCCUGUAGGUGUGGACGUGCAGGUGGAGAGUCUGGACAGCAUCUCCGAAGUGGACAUGGACUUCACCAUGACCCUGUACCUGAGGCAUUACUGGAGGGAUGAGAGGCUGGCCUUCCCUAGCAGCAGCAACAAGAGCAUGACCUUUGAUGGCAGGCUGGUGAAAAAGAUCUGGGUUCCUGAUGUCUUCUUUGUGCACUCCAAAAGGUCAUUUACUCAUGACACCACCACUGACAAUAUCAUGCUGCGAGUGUUCCCAGAUGGUCAUGUGCUGUACAGCAUGAGGAUUACCGUCACUGCCAUGUGCAACAUGGACUUCAGCCACUUCCCCCUGGACUCCCAGACCUGCUCUUUGGAGCUAGAGAGCUAUGCGUACACAGAUGAAGAUCUGAUGCUGUACUGGAAGAAUGGGGACGAGUCCCUGAAAACGGACGAGAAGAUCUCCUUGUCCCAGUUUCUGAUCCAGAAAUUUCACACGACUUCCAGACUGGCCUUCUACAGCAGCACUGGCUGGUACAACCGUCUGUACAUCAACUUCACUCUGCGCCGUCACAUCUUCUUCUUCCUGCUCCAAACCUACUUCCCUGCCACCCUCAUGGUCAUGCUGUCCUGGGUGUCCUUCUGGAUCGACUACAGAGCUGUGCCUGCCAGAGUCUCACUGGGCAUCAUGACGGUGCUCACCAUGUCUACCAUCAUCACGGGCGUCAACGCCUCCAUGCCCCGAGUGUCCUACAUCCGGGCUGUGGACAUCUACCUCUGGGUCAGCUUUGUGUUCGUGUUCCUCUCAGUGCUGGAGUAUGCAGCUGUCAACUACCUGACCACAGUGCAGGAGCAGAAGGAACGGAAGUUUCGAGAGAAGCUUCCAUGCUUGUGUGGAAUGCUUCAUUCAAGGACCAUGAUGCUGGAUGGAAGCUACAGUGAAUCCGAGGCCAACAGCCUGGCUGGCUACCCAAGAAGCCAUAUUUUGCCAGAAGAAGAAAGACAAGACAAAAUUAUGGUUCAUUUGGCCCUCAACAGUGAAUUGACGUCCUCCAGAAAGAAAGGUCUUCUCAAAGGCCAAAUGGGGCUCUACAUUUUCCAGAACACCCAUGCCAUUGACAAAUACUCCAGGUUGAUAUUCCCUGCCUUCUACAUAGUUUUCAACCUAAUUUAUUGGUCAGUGUUUUCCUAGGGAUUCUAAGGCUGUGUCUAGGAAAGGGCAUGGACAUCCGUUGGUGGAUACAUGGACCUAAUCAAUGCACUUCCUACACCAGGCCAAGCAGUUGCUCCUGGCUUGGAGGAGCCCAGGGACCUCCAGCUGUCCUCACCCCAGCUCCAUGGUUCUUUUCCUAGUUCGUGCUAUCCCAUAUCACACGUUUGACUUCCUGAACAGAGAGCUGUCUUCUGCUGUUUGUAAACUUGUUCAGAAGAACCCACCCUCCCAACUAUCUACUUAAUAAAAGACUCAACUGCCUUCCA